AUGCCCUUCACUCCCGGUGCAUCCGCGUCAGAUACAUACAUAUACGCGCUGCACCCCGCAACAGGCAAUCCCUUUUCGUCGCAGGCCACCGCAUGCUGUCACCGAGCGCAAACCCUGAGGCGCGCAUUGCUGUUGAGCAGCCUCGUUCUCUGUGCUCGCUUGAUCCCUGAUGGUCAUCUCCCGGGUUUAGAACUACCCCGAAACAUCGGCCCGUUUGCUGAGGCGGGUGGAUUCAUAGUGGGUUCUCUUUUCAACGGCUAUCCUUCCCACUCGCCUCUGUUGGCGACGAGAGGGUCCUGCGGGUAG